GUAAUGACAAUCAAAAAUCGCGAGAAUAUCCAAGGUUAAAACCGUAAUUCACCCUUUCUGAAACAACAUUUAAAACGAUCGUUCCCCCACCUUCCCCUCUCGCGCUCUCAAUUGAAUGGUACAAAGAAAGAAAGUUAAAAAACAGAGUCCAGCUGUCACCGCCGUAACAGAAAAUGCCGACGGCGAAACUGAAUCGUAACUUCCCACCGAUAACGGAAUUCAAAGAAAAUACGUCAUCUUCUUCACCGCGUGAGUCCGUCGCCGCUGAUCUCGAUGGAACUCUUCUCAUUUCUCGAAGCUCUUUUCCUUACUUCAUGCUUAUCGCCGUUGAAGCUGGAAGCCUCCUCCGUGGCUUCAUCCUUCUUCUUUCCGUUCCUAUCAUUAUCUUCGCUUAUCUUUUCGUAUCUGAAUCGCUCGGUAUUCAGAUCCUCAUCUUCAUCUCCUUCGCCGGACUCAAAAUUCGCGACAUCGAACUCGCUUCACGCGCUGUUCUCCCAAGGUUUUAUGCUGCGGAUGUGAGGAGAGAGAGCUUUGAAGUGUUUGAUCGGUGCAAGAGGAAGGUAGUGGUUACGGCGAAUCCGACGGUGAUGGUGGAUGCGUUUGUGAAGGACUAUCUCGGCGGGGAUAAGGUUUUGGGAACGGAAAUUGAGGUGAAUCCUAAGACAAAGAAGGCUACUGGAUUUGUGAAGAAACCUGGUGUGCUUGUUGGAGACUUGAAGCGUUUGUCGAUUAUGAAAGAGUUUGGUGAUGAAUUGCCUGAUAUUGGGCUUGGAGAUCGGAAAACUGAUCACGAUUUCAUGUCUAUUUGCAAGGAAGGGUACAUGGUACCUCCCAGCAAAACAGCAAAACCAGUCCCACAAGAUCGUCUCAAGAGCCGAAUCAUCUUCCAUGACGGCCGCUUCGUUCAGCGACCAGACCCACUCAACGCCGCCAUCACCUUCGCCUGGAUCCCCUUCGGCUUCAUCUUCUCCAUCUUCAGAGUCUACUUCAACCUCCCUCUCCCUGAACGCAUAGUUCGCUACACCUACGAAAUCCUCGGCAUCAAGCUCAUAAUCCGUGGCAACCGUCCUCCACCACCAUCUCCAGGUCACCCCGGCAACCUCUACGUCUGCAACCACCGCACCGCCCUCGACCCCAUCAUCAUCGCCAUCGCCCUCGGCCGCAAAGUCUCCUGCGUCACCUACAGCGUCAGUAAACUCUCCCGUUUCCUCUCUCCAAUCCCCGCCGUCGCACUCACCCGCGACCGCGCCGCCGACGCCGCCCGUAUCACCGAGAUUCUCCAAAAGGGUGAUCUUGUUGUGUGCCCAGAAGGCACCACGUGUCGCGAACCCUUUUUGCUACGGUUCAGUGCUCUGUUUGCUGAACUGAGUGAUAGAAUCGUUCCUGUAGCAGUUGAUUGCAAACAGAACAUGUUCUUUGGGACCACUGUUCGUGGAGUUAAAUUCUGGGACCCUUACUUCUUCUUCAUGAAUCCUAGGCCUAUUUAUGAGGUUACUUUCCUUGACCGAUUACCGGAAGAGAUGUCGGUUAAAACUGGAGGGAAAUCUUCGAUUGAAGUGGCUAAUCAUGUGCAGAAGAUUUUGGGGGAUGUGCUUGGUUUUGAGUCUACUGGGUUGACAAGGAAAGAUAAAUAUUUGUUGCUUGGAGGAAACGAUGGAAAGGUGGAGUCCAUGUAUGGUACCAAAAAGUGAAGGAAAAAAAUACCACAAAUCACCUUCUUUGACUAUCCCUAAAAUUUGGUUAUAUAGUUAAUUAGUAAGUCAGAUUUAAGAUUAAACCAUUCGAAUAGAGUUUGGGUUUCGAUAGUUGGAAUGCGAGUACUGCGAUUUUCAUCCAACAGAAUUAUUGCAUUAUUUUUUGCAUGUAAUAAAUCCAGACCCGUUUUUGUUUGGUUUUUAUGCCUAGCUUAUUUUCUCUAUUACAUCAUUCAUCUUAUCCCCUGUUUCUAGCUUAUUUUCUUUAUUACAUCAUUCAUCUUAAGUGUAGAAGGUGCGGUUUCCAGUAAAAAAGAGGAGAUUCGAUCCUCUCUUUGUUUGGUAUAGCUUUUGAGUCUUCAUGGAUCAGAAAAAUGUUGAAUUAUUUAGUUUAAAAAUAGCAACGGGUAUUUUUUAUGAAGCCUUUGAGACAGGAUUGUGUAAUGGUAUGAUUGAAGAAUUAAAAAUGUUGUAAACUUUCUAUAUGUAA